AGGUAUUUCGACGACCGCAGCAAAUAUGGUGUCACUUCUCGAAACCUUCGCGUCGAAUCCGCAGUAUCGCCAACCGGGCGUCGUCCUCCUGACCUUCACGCUUGCCGUCCUUCUCAACUGGCUCUACAAGUCCAUUGCCGAAGGGAAGAAGAAGAAACGCGAGUACGUGUAUGCAAAUGUACCUCCCGGUCUAGAUGGCUACAAGAAAGGGCAAAUGCAAUACCUCACGCAAUGCACGGCAGUGAUACAGGAGGGGAUCCGGAAGUUCGGAGAAUCCACCGUAUUCUGGGUGCCGUCGAUGCUCGGUCCAAUGAUGGUUGCGCCGCUGAAAUACCUGGAUGAAAUCAAGAACCACCCGGAUCUCAGCUUUGCGCAAUACCUCUAUGAUGGGUUCGGAGGAGCUCAGACGCACGUGGAUGCUCCCUUCCGGUCCCAAAACUUCAUGACCGUUAUCAAGCAGAACAUUACCCAGUCGCUCGCGCACGUCACCGCUGCCCUCUCCGAAGAAACGGCAUUGGCGAUGGAUGAUAAGCUGCCCAUAACUGAUGAAUGGACCUCGUACAAAUUGCAUCCCACAUUGCAACUGAUGGUUGCUCGCGUCAGUUCCCGCGUCUUCCUCGGCGACACCCUCUGCCGUGAUCAGCGCUGGCUCUACAUCACUCUGAGCUUUGCCAGAAACAUGGUGGCGGCUGGCAUAGGACUGCGAACAGCCGGACGCUUCCUCGCCCCAAUCGCAAAGUGGUGGCUACCCUCUUGCGGAGUUCUCACAAAGACGAUUCGCGAUGCCGAUGCAUUGAUCAUGGCUGUCGUGAAGGAACGACGACAAGAAGAGAAGGCCCAGGGCGAUGCGUAUGUAAAGCCGAGCGAUGCACUGCAAUGGGCGAUCGACAUCGGAGAGCCGGAUUCUGAGCUAGCCAACUUCCAGCUGUUUUUUUCCUUCGUGGCAAUCCAUACUACUAGCUCGACGAUGACUCAAAUGGUGUACGAUCUAUGCCAGUAUCCGGAGUAUGUGGAGAUUCUACGGGAAGAGCUACGGGAGGUCCUGGGAGGCGUCAACUUCAACGCGGCGAGCGAAGUACACAAGUUGAGGAAGAUGGACAGCUUUAUGAAGGAGAGUCAGCGGCUGCACCCCAUCGUCGACGCGAUACUGCAGCGUCAAGCAACUAAAGACAUUGAUUUCUCCGACGGCCUAAAGGUUUACGCCGGCGAUCGCCUUCAAGUCUUUUGCCGCUCCGCCCUCCGCGACCCCCGCAUCUAUAAUGAUCCCGACUCUUUCGAUGGACUCCGGUUCUACAAGAUGCGACAACAAACUGGUCAAGAAAACAGACACCAGUUCGUCAGCUCAACCGACAACUUCUUCGUCUUCGGCUGCGGGUCUCAUGUUUGCCCUGGACGCUUCUUUGCUUCAAACGAGAUCAAGAUUAUCCUCUCACAUUUAUUGAUGAAAUAUGAUUUCCGGUUUCUGGAUGGGCAGACGGACAGGCCGGCGGAUCUGUGCUUCGAGGAGAUGAUCAGUCCGAAUCCUGAACAGGAGAUCUUGUUCCGGAGAAGGCGUUAUUAGCUGGGCUACGUAUUAUGUACCAUAGUCAUCUGCAGAUACUGUGGUGCGGCGUGUAACUCGAGGGGCUCGAUAUUCAGCUUUUAUUUACC